CCACAGCAUCUCCAUCCAUCCAAAUGGCAUGGCAACCACCAUCUCAAUCUUCCUCUUCCGCCACACCAUCACCAGCCAUCCCCCCACCCCAACGCCAUGGCUGCCACGCUCCCCUCCUCCGCCAAGCACUGCUCCGUCGUCAGAGCCCAGCGGUCGCCUCCUCCCUCCAUCCUCUCAUCAUCAGCCAAGACCGCCUUCCAUGGGGCGGCGCUGGUGGACAGGCGGUGGGCGGCGGGCUCUGCCGUCAGCGGGCGGCGGAGGCUGGUGCAGGUGAACGCCAGGAUCGCCGGCGCGGCCAAGAACAUCGAGGUUGAGGUCGACAAGCCGCUCGGCCUCACCCUCGGCCAGAAGUCGGGCGGCGGCGUCGUCAUCACCGGUGUGGAGUCUGGAGGGAAUGCUGCGAGAGCAGGGCUCAAGUCCGGUGACCAAGUGCUCUACACAAGCAGCUUCUUUGGGGAUGAGCUCUGGCCUGCAGACAAGCUGGGGUUCACCAAGACUGCCAUCCAGGCAAAGCCAGACUCUGUCUACUUUGUUGUCAGCAGGGGUGGAGGUGAUAUUGAUGUGAAACGCCUGCCGAACAGGCCAGCGCCACCUCGGUUUGGCCGGAAGUUGACUGAUUCACAGAAGGCGAGAGCAACACACAUCUGCCUUGAUUGUGGAUACAUAUACUUCCUACCAAAGCCUUUUGAAGAGCAGCCUGAUGAGUAUGGCUGCCCCCAGUGCAAUGCUCCAAAGAAGCGAUUUGUGCAAUACGAUGCAGAGACUGGGAAGCCCAUCGGUGGUACACUACCACCUCUUACGGUGAUUGUCAGUUUGGUAAUAGGCAUCGUUGGAAUAGGGGCUUUGCUUGUGUAUGGCCUUCAAUAGGCUGUUCAGCUCUUCAGAAAUUUUGUUUCUGGCUGUGGAUCAAAAGGCUCAGCAAAUUGACACUGUACUCUAUCUAACAAAACAUUCCGAAUGAUAUAUAUAACGAAGGGGAGAAGACAGUUCUUGAGUGGAGAUUUGGUUUA